CUACGACGCACGACGGCUGGAGAGGACGCCUUAGGGGCCCACGAGCAGGCUAGAGAAUAAAACGGGGCUGGCAGGGCGAGGUGGAGAGACUCGAAAAGGACCGGCCAGAUGUCGAAGUUCCUAGUAAGGAGAGCCCCCGAGCCUCCGCCGAGACGCGAGACUACAAUUACCACAAUCCCCAGCGCCUGCGGUUCCGGCGUCGCCUUGUUCUAGACGGGCGGCGGCGCUGCGCGGGGACCGGCGUGGGGUCACGUGGUGCCGGCGCGUCACGUGGGCGAGUCAGGUGAUGCUGCGGGGCGGGCGGACAGACUGCGGGGCGGACGGUGGACGCUGGGACGCGUUUGUAACUCCGGCCCCACGGUUCCGACCCCCGCCGCCGUCGCCGCCAUGACGGGGCUAGCGCUGCUCUACUCCGGGGUCUUCGUGGCCUUCUGGGCCUGCGCGCUGGCCGUGGGAAUCUGCUACACCAUUUUUGAUUUGGGCUUCCGCUUUGAUGUGGCAUGGUUCCUGACGGAGACUUCGCCCUUCAUGUGGUCCAACCUGGGCAUUGGCCUAGCUAUCUCCCUGUCUGUCGUUGGGGCAGCCUGGGGUAUCUAUAUUACUGGCUCCUCCAUCAUUGGUGGAGGAGUGAAGGCCCCCAGGAUCAAGACCAAGAACCUGGUCAGCAUCAUCUUCUGUGAGGCUGUGGCCAUCUACGGCAUCAUCAUGGCAAUUGUCAUUAGCAACAUGGCUGAGCCUUUCAGUGCCACAGACCCCAAGGCCAUUGGCCAUCGGAACUACCAUGCAGGCUACUCCAUGUUUGGGGCUGGCCUCACCGUAGGCCUGUCUAACCUCUUCUGUGGAGUCUGCGUGGGCAUCGUGGGCAGUGGGGCUGCCCUGGCUGAUGCUCAGAACCCCAGCCUCUUUGUCAAGAUUCUCAUCGUGGAGAUCUUUGGCAGUGCCAUUGGCCUCUUUGGGGUCAUCGUCGCAAUUCUUCAGACCUCCAGAGUGAAGAUGGGUGACUAGAUGAUAUGUGUGGGUGGGGCCGUGCCUCACUCUUAUUUAUUGAUGGUUUUCCUGGGACAGCUGGAGCUGUGUCCCUUAGCCUUUCAGAGGCUUGGUGUUCAGGGCCCUCCCUGCACUCACCUCUUGCUGCGUGUUGAUUUGGAGGCACUGCAGUCCAGGCCGGCUGUCAGUGCCCGGAGCAGGCUGCUGCUGCCGACUCUGUGCAGCUGCGCACCUGUGUCCCCCACCUCCACCCUCAACCCAUCUUCCUAGUGUUUGUGAAAUAAACUUGGUAUUUGUCUGGGUCA